CUGGGCCGGCUUUGCUCUCCCCACAAAUAGGACACGGUUCUCAAAUCCAGGCAGUCCCAACCUGACCUCCAAGCUUAGAGGAACCCCAGACUAGGAAACCGAGAGAGAGAAAUCACCAGAACAGAAACAACACAAAACUUUGUGUCAUUAUUUUUCUGCGAGCGCCCACUGUAGCUUCCCCUUCUCCAUCCCCACCACUUCCACACCGGUGUGUGGCAUCAUUUGGACUAUAUUUAUUUUUUUUUCCUUUUUUUUUGUUUUUUUGUUUUUAUUUUUCUGGAGCCCAGUUAUUAUCGGGAAGAAGGAAAAAGCUGGUGCACCACCACCAUUCCUCCUGUCCCACCCAUGCUGUAGUUUCUUCGUUUUUUCCCUUUUUCUUCCACUUGCCUUUUCUGCACUCUGCCGUGGAGCUGCUCUGAGUCUUUUGGGUUGUGUCAUUGUUUUGUGUGCCUCCCUUAGAGCCUCACAGUCCAUUUGGAUCCGCUGAAAAAGCGGGGCGCAGCGCUACAGCACAGUAUAUGGAAGUUGUGGGCUGCAAGACUGAGGCAGGCAGUUGCACGUUGCGUCCAGGAUCGGGAGCCAUGCUUUUCCACGGGAUCUCCGGGGAUCACAUCCAAGGAAUCAUGGAGGAGAUGGAGAGAAGGUCGAAAACGGAGUCACGACUGGCUAAGGGCAUGCAGCUCAACGGCAGAGAGUCGACCAUGCCUUCUAUGAGCCCGGAGAAGCCAGCGCUGUGUGCCGGCUGCGGCGGCAAGAUUUCGGAUAGAUACUACCUCCUGGCCGUGGACAAACAGUGGCACCUGCGGUGUCUCAAAUGCUGUGAAUGUAAACUAGCGCUGGAGUCUGAGCUUACCUGCUUUGCCAAGGAUGGGAGUAUCUAUUGCAAGGAGGAUUACUACAGGUUCUCCGUGCAGAGGUGCGCGCGCUGCCACCUCGGGAUAUCGGCCUCGGAGAUGGUGAUGCGAGCGCGCGACUCCGUGUACCACCUGAGCUGCUUCACGUGCACCACUUGCAACAAGACCCUGACCACGGGCGAUCACUUCGGCAUGAAGGACAGCCUGGUGUACUGCCGGCUCCACUUCGAGACCCUGGUGCAGGGACCGGACUACCACCCCCAGCUCAACUUCGCCGAACUGGCAGCCAAGGGCGGCGGGCUCGCCCUCCCCUACUUCAACGGCACCGGCACCGCGCAGAAGGGAAGGCCGCGCAAGAGGAAGAGCCCAGCCAUGGGGAUAGAUAUACCCAGCUAUAACACAAGCUGUAAUGAGAAUGACACUGAUCACUUGGACCGGGACCAGCAGGCCUACCCUCCAACACAGAAGACCAAACGCAUGAGGACCUCCUUCAAGCACCAUCAGCUGCGGACAAUGAAAUCCUACUUUGCCAUCAACCAUAACCCUGAUGCCAAGGACUUAAAGCAGCUGGCCCAGAAAACAGGCCUCACUAAGAGAGUGCUACAGGUUUGGUUCCAAAACGCAAGAGCCAAAUUCAGAAGGAACGUUUUGCGACAGGAGAAUGGAGGUGUUGAUAAGGCUGAUGGCACCUCACUCCCUCCACCCUCAUCCGACAGUGGGGCCCUGACCCCCCCCUCCAGCGCGGCCACACUAACAGACCUGACAAACCCCUCUAUCACUGUAGUGACCUCCGUCACCUCUAGUUUGGACAGCCAUGAUUCGGGGAGCCCUUCACAAACUACCUUGACAAACCUUUUCUAAGAAGCUCUCAAUAGCAGACUGAUUUUUUUUUUUUUUUUUUAAUUUCUUUGGGAUUUUUAAAUUUUUUUUUUUGGGUGGGUGGGUGGGGUGAGGUCCUUUUUAUUCUCUUUCCUCGAUUUACAUUUUUAUUUUUUUAAGUGACACCUUUAAAUCAACCAGAGACAGCUCCUUGGAACAGAAAGUGCUGUACUGUGUACACAAACAAGAACAACAAGAGCAACAACAGCAGCAGCAGCAGCAGCAGCAGCAGCAGCAGCAGCAGCAGUGACCACAUUAAAACACGGAGAUCUUUUUAAUGUGUAGUAUUCGAACCUGCACGGCAUAUGCAGAGAUUGAUUUUGGACUGGACAUUUUUGCAGUUGAAGAAAUUAGUAAACUGCUAUGGACUCUGAAAUUUUUUGAAGGAAAAAAAAAAGAACAAAACUUGAAGCUUGUUUGCAAAAGUAGAAUUUUCUUUACAUGAUUUGACUUUAUUUGUACAUUUGUAUUGAAUUCUGAUUAGAAUGAGCCCUUCUUAAUUUAUGGUCAAUUGGUAAAUUUAAAAGUAAUAUGAAUAUCUUGCCCUCAGAAACCUGUAUAUGUAUGCACUGUGUUCGCACUAUUCAAUUUAAAGACUUUGUUUCUGUUCUGGAAUAAUUUGCUAAAUAAACUUGUAGAAUGUUCUGUAUUUGGGUAACUCCAGAAAACAGGCUUUAAUUAUUUCCGAAUGUUUCAGUCUUGAAGACUGAGUUGGACGGAAUCAGACAUUGGUAUAUCUCACAGAGCUACUUGUAAAACGUCUAAAUUACACUGUAAGCAGCCAGCCAUUGCAGCUUGUAAUGACAGAUAGACGCUAAGCCACUUACAUUUUGUCUUGAUUCACAACUUUACUUUUAAUGAGGUGAAAAAAAAAAAAGAAACAAAUCCCACAAUCUGUGCAGUGGUAACUGUUCAACAUGUAAAUGCAGUCACAUUGAUAUAAAUUGUUUGAUGAUUAAAAAUAAGCACGGGAAAUUCAGAUGGUUGAGUAGUUAAUGGGCACUGUUGUAAUCGAUUGUUUUCAUGGCAGCAUCUUUUUAUUUUAAUUGUGGCCUCAUAGACUAAGUCAAAUGGAUGAAGCUGAGUAGACAUAUCCAUAGAUCCACAGCUAAACUCAAUUGCACAGUGACAAUAUACUGCCCAGUAAAAAAAAAGUGCAUUAUUGAUUUUAUCAUGUUGCUCAGGGUAACGAUGUGAUUUUGAAAAUGAAAGAA